AUGUCUUUCGAUCUCAAAGGCCUUGUCCCCGCCCCUGUCACACCCUUCACUAAAGAUGGCAAGGUUGACUACGACGCCAUCCAGCGCCUGGGCUCCUGGCUUGGAAGUAUCGACGGCGUCAAGGGCCUGGUCGUGCUCGGACACGCCGGAGAAGGAACCUUCCUCACCCAGCAGGAGCAGGUAGACACCAUCAAAGCCUUUGUCAAGUCCGUCGACAACAAGAUCCCCAUCAUCGCGGGUAUCACAGGCGAGGGCACUGAAGUUGCUGCUCUUGAGGCCAAGCGCGCCAAGGAGGCUGGUGCCCAGGCUGGUCUUCUGUACCCUUCUCACGGAUGGCUGCGAUUCGGCUACCAGCCUGGUGCUCCCCAGGACCGCUACAAGGUCGUCUACGAGGUCUCCAAGCUGCCUCUCAUUCUCUUCCAGUACCCCGAUAACACAAAGGCCACCUACAACCUCCAGACCCUCCUCGACAUUGCUGCUCAACCCGGUGUCAUCGCCAUGAAGAACGGCGUCCGCAACAUGCGCCGCUGGGACACUGAGAUCCCUGUGUUCCGCCGAGAGCGCCCCAAUGUCCCCGUCCUGACCUGCCACGACGAGUAUCUUCUCCACACCGCCUUUGACGUGGACGGCAUGCUCGUGGGGUACGGUGGUAUUGCCCCAGAGCCUCUUCUUGAGCUCAUCGCAGCUGGAAAGGCACAAGACUACAAGAAGGCGCGUCAAAUCCACGACCAGCUUCUACCUGUUACCAAGGCUGUGUACCACCGUGGCUCACAUAUGGAGGGCACUGUCGCUCUUAAGCACGCGCUUGUUGCUCGAGGUAUCUUGGAUCACGCUACAGUGCGAUCACCUCUGAUGCCUUUGGUUGACGGAGCUGAGGAGGAGAUCCAUUCUGCUAUUUCAUCGGCGUCUCUAAAGAAGGUUGCUUGA